UUUAUAUAAAUACAAGCAUAGAGCUGAGAUAAGUUUGCAAUAGAAACCCACGUUGAGAGAGUCAGAGUGAGAGCUAUAUAUAUUAUAGAGAUCUAAAGAGACACACCCAAAGAUCCAAUGGCAUGCUUAGAAAUGUUCAAUUCAGAUCAAAACCAAUGCAGCAACUUAUCUUCGACUCCACCACCAAUGAGUCCUAGAAUUUCAUUCUCAAAUGAUUUCGUAGAUACCCAACAACAACAGCAGCAACAGCAACAACAAAGAACAACAUCAGAUUCUCCAAAAGUUACUUCGAAUUUUGAAUUCUCUAUUUCAAACUUCAAUAUGAAUCAGAGUAGUGCUGAUGAAAUCUUCAGUAAGGGAAGAAUAUUACCUUUCAAGCAAGAUACCAACAAGACUACUACAUUAAGAGAUGAACUUCUUAAUGAUGAUGAAGAUGGUGAUGACGGCAGUACUUUCUCACUUAUGAGUAGACCACCUAAAGGUCCAAUCAGAUGGAGGGAUUUCUUACGUCUGAAUAAAAGGAACCACAUUUUAUCGUCAAAAAAUAAAUCUGAUCAUCAUCAUCUUAGUAAGGUUAGUGAUGGAGGUUUCACAAUGGAGAGUGUCAUUGAAGGAAAUGAGGAUGAAGAAUUACAUGUUAGCAAGAUCCCUAAGGAAGGAUUAAAAUCUACUGCUGAUGAUAAUAUAGGAACAAAUACCAGAGAAAAUGUGGAGAUUGGAAUAUAAAGCAGUUGUUGAUGAAGAACUUUGUGUAGAGAUAUUGGCGAGAGAAGUGAUUAAUUGGUAAUUUUCUGCUAAUUUGUAGAGAGAGUAUGUUUUAAUGGAUAAACUUAGCAGGGUUGUUAUGAUGAAAGGUUUGAUUAAUAAAAUUAUGGUCCUAUUAUGUGUUGAUCUUAAGAGUAUAUCUUCUUCUUUUCUAUUUUUGGUGUUUGCUUAAUUUUUAAGUAGAAGGUCAAGGUGGUGUUGUGUCUGGUUUUUCUUACUUGAAAGGUAGUAAUUACAAUCUGUUUAUAGAAUUAAUAAACUUGUCAUUGCUGUGUG